AGCAUCUCCUGGGAGAGGGGAAGUACAAGAAUAAGGCAACAUGAUGACCCAUGGACAUUUCUCUGUGACUCUGCGCAGCCUGGCCAGGUCUCACAGGUUCCAGAGGCAUGUGUUGGAUUUCUAUUUGCGAAGCUGCACAGCUGAAUCCGUAUUUGACAGGAAGUACAGCGCAGAGGCAAGACUGAAUGCAGACCGUGGAAAGGGAACCACAAAAUGGGGCAUUGCCAUAACUGGGGCCUUACUGGGCAUUGGAACAAUGUUGAUUUAUGGAGCACAGAAGAAAAGGGUGGCACAAGCAGAGCUUAUAACACAAUCUGUCGUUACUUCAAGCUUUCCCCUAUACAGUAAGCAGGAUGUAAGGAAACAUGCCUCAUUAGAGGACAGAGUCUGGGUGACCUAUGCAGGAGAGGUCUUUGACAUCACAGAAUUUGUAGAAUUGCACCCUGGUGGGAGCCGAAUCUUGCUAGCUGCAGGAGGUGCUCUGGAGCCUUUCUGGGCUCUCUAUGGUGUCCACAAGAAUGAGCAUGUGUUAGAGAUACUAAAGGAAUACAAAGUAGGAGAACUUAAUUCUGCUGAGAAAGAUGAGCCAGUGGAUGUAUCUGAUCCUUAUUCACAAGAACCCAUUAGACACCCAGUUCUUAAGGUAAACAGCAUGAAGCCUUUUAAUGCAGAGCCACCCCCCUAUAUGCUGACAGAGAGUUUCAUCACUCCAACUGAGCUGUUUUUCAAAAGGAACCACUUGCCUGUGCCACAGAUCAAUCCUGGUGACUACAAACUUGUCAUAGAAAGACCCAAUGGCAAUACACACAACAAACCACUUAAUUUGACUUUGUCUGAUCUGAAAACAAAAUUUCCUAAACACGAGAUUACAGCCACGUUGCAGUGUGCUGGAAACCGGCGUUCUGAAAUGAGUGCAGUGAAGCCAGUGAAAGGACUAGAAUGGACCACUGGAGCAAUCAGUACAGCACACUGGGCAGGAGCUCGUCUGAGGGAUGUACUACUGGAAGCUGGAUAUACUGAGGACUCUACCCAGACUCUGCAUGUACAUUUUGAAGGACUGGAUCAGGAUUUAACUGGAACAAAUUAUGGUGCCUCUAUCUCAUUUCAGCAGGCAAUGGCCAAGGAGAAUGAAGUUCUUCUGGCCUAUGAGAUGAAUGGGCAGGAACUGCCUAAAGACCAUGGUUUUCCUUUGCGAGUAAUUGUGCCAGGUGUGGUAGGUGCCCGCAAUGUGAAGUGGUUGGGUAAAAUUGUAGUAAGCAAAGAAGAGAGCAGCAGUCAUUGGCAGCAAAAUGAUUACAAGGGUUUCAACCCAUGUGUUGAUUGGGACAACGUAGACUUUGCCUCUUCUCCAGCCAUACAAGAUUUACCAGUACAGUCUGCCAUCACAGAGCCACAUCCAGGACAGGAGGUCACUCCCAAUAUUGAUGGGGAGUUAACAGUGAAGGGGUAUGCAUGGAGUGGAGGAGGGAGGGAAAUAGUGCGGGUGGAUGUAUCUGUGGAUGGAGGAAAGACAUGGAAGGUUGCAGAGUUAACUGGAGAGCAACAGAAGGAUGGGCAGGCCUGGGCAUGGAAAUUAUGGCAGCUAAAUGUCCCACUGCCUCCCAAGAGCUGUGAUUUUACAAUUAUUUGCAAGGCUGUGGACAGCAGUUAUAAUGUACAGCCAGACACCGUGGCCCCUAUAUGGAACCUGCGUGGUGUGCUGAACAAUGCGUGGCACAGAGUUCAUGUUACAGUGGAUGCAGAGUAGCCGUAGCCGAAUGACCCCUCAGCCGUAGCAUGUGCUGCAUAUGUGCAUGGCCUCCUUCUGAAACUAUUUUGCCUUACAAAUUCUCAUCCCUGAUGUUUGGUGUCUGGAUCCAUUUCAAAGGCAAGCUGAAUUUGCUUAGUAGCAAUUUUUUUAGCUGCCUAUAUUGGACACUGAAACAUUAAUUCUGGGUAAGUGGAAAGAUAUUGCUACACAUCUAGUGGGGAGUGUACAAUAUUGGGCACAUCUAUGGAGGCUUUGUCCCAGCAACUGUAAGGUACGGAACAGUUGUCUUGUACAUUCUCCUACUAUUUCAUAAGAGUCACAGCACAGUGCCAUGACCCUGUGCUCCAUGUGAGGCAAUAGGAAGGUUUAGUAAUGACCCAUGCCAGCACUUUAAUUGUAUUCCUCCUUUGUUUACUUUGAGUAAAAAUAACUGGAUUUGAUUUUAAGGAGAACUGAUCAUCUUCAAUUAGUUUUAUUUUUUUUUUUUUUUGUAGUAUAGCAUAAUGUUUGCACAAAAUUACUCCUUAGCUAAUUUGCAUUUUUUUAAAAUUAUAAGUGGGAUAUAUCUUCUUCCAUGACUAGUGAUGUGCCUCCUAUGAUGCACAAGAUGUAUUUGCUGCAGCCUCUAGAGCAGGGAUCCCCAACCUUUUGAACCAGUGAGCAACAUUCAGAAGUAAAAGGAGUUGGGGAGCAACACAAGCGAGAAAAAUGUUCUUGGGGUGCCAAAUAAGUGCUGUGAUUGGCCAUUUGGCAGCCCCUAUGUGGAUUAUCACCCUACAUUGAGGCUCUGUUUGGCAGUACACCUGGCUUUUAUGCAACCAAAGCUUGCCUCCAAGCCUAGAAAUAAAAAAAUAAACACCUGCUUUGAGGCCACUGGGAGCAACAUCCAAGGGGUUGGAGAGCAACAUGUUGCUCAUGAGCUACUGGUUGGGGAUCACUGCUCUAGAGUUACUCUGUGGUUAACGUUGCUUUGAAGAAAGUCCUUGAAGUCCACGUAUUGCACGUAGGGCAGGAUUUUUUUUUAAAAUGAUGACUGUUUUGCAUUACUAUUCUGCCUAUACUAGCGAUUCCUGAAAAACUCUUGAUAUCCAGAGGCGUUCCAGAACAGCAGCCUGAUCCUAUCCUGCCCCCUCACCUGCAAUUGUGCUUUUUGCUCUAGAUUUCUAUUCUGUUUGUUUCUUUGGUCCAGGUAACGACCACCUGAGUGAAUUUUGUCACUUUUCCUUAUGGCAGGAGUGUCAUUGUCUGUAUCAAUCCCUAGUGAUUCUAAUCAUUAACCUUUUAAAAACAAAUUCCCCUUUUAAUGGUACUUUUUAGCAAAGUGCCCAGCAGCCAUCUUGCAUUCUCUAAGCAAGCACAUACACUGUGCACUAAUUAUUUACCAAUUUCUGUACUUGUGCAUAUGCCCAGCUUUAGUAGGCACUUCUUUUACCCAGGCAUACAAUUUGUACAAAAUGCAAAUAAUGAAUUUACAGAAAGGUUAGAUAACCCCUUUUUCCCCAAUAAAUAUAAAACCUUU